UCCGGAAGCCCCAGUUUCACCCAGCGGUGGGGACCCAGAAAAAGAGUUUUCCUGCGCCACUCUCCAGGCGGAGUGGGGAGGUUAAUCCGAUUAAGUGAGCCACCGGGGUCCUGGAGCGGGCCGGGCAGCCCGGUGGGCGGAGACGCCUGUGCGGGCGGGAUCCUGCCCAGGUCUGGGGUCAAGGUCCUGCCCCGGCGCCAGCACGCAGCCAUGGGAUCCACGCAGAGGAGUGCUCGCAGGCCCAGGGGACGCGCCUCGGCCACCGCCAGGGACUCCACGCUGCUUCUCCUCCUUGUAUGUUGGCUUCUGCAGACCUGUGAGCCGAAAUCACCCAACGCCUCCAAGCCAAACAUCCUGCUGAUCUUGGCAGAUGAUCUGGGCAUCGGGGAUGUUGGUUGCUAUGGGAACCAUACACUGAGGACCCCCAAUAUUGACCGGCUGGCGGAGGAGGGCGUGAGACUCACCCAGCACCUGGCGGCCGCCCCGCUCUGCACCCCGAGCAGAGCCGCCUUUCUCACCGGGAGAUACGCCCUCCGAUCAGGAAUGGACAACGAUGAGUACCGGGUCCUCUACUGGAACGCGGGCUCCGGCGGGCUUCCUGCCAACGAAACCACUUUUGCGAAAAUCCUAAAGCAGCAAGGCUAUGCCACCGGCCUCGUGGGAAAGUGGCACCAGGGCGUGAGCUGCGCAUCCCGCGGAGACCACUGCCACCACCCGCUGAGCCACGGCUUCGACUACUUCUACGGCCUGCCCUUCACCCUGAUCAACGACUGCGACCCCGACAAGCCCCCCGACCUGUGGGUCAGCGUGGCGGCCCGGUGCAGCCGCUACACCCGCAUCCUGGCUCUGGGCGUCCUGACGCUUGCCGCCGCCAAGCUCAGCGGCCUCCUCUCGGUUCCCUGGACAGUGGUCGGGGGCGCGGCCGGCCUCGUCUUCCUCUUCUUCAUCACCUGGUUCUCCAGCUGCGGGUUCGUGCGUCGCUGGAACUGCGUGCUCAUGCGGAACCACCAGGUCACCGAGCAGCCCAUGGAUGUGGAGAGCACCACCCGUCGGAUGCUGCAGGAAGCCACCGCCUACAUCCAAAGAAACAAGGACAGGCCCUUUCUGCUCUUUGUGUCCCUGCUGCACGUCCACACUCCCCUGGUGACCUCGGAAGCCUUCCUCGGGAGAAGCCGCCACGGUUUAUACGGAGACAACGUGGAGGAGAUGGACUGGUUUGUAGGUAACGUCCUCCGUGCCCUUGACGAGAACGGCCUGAAGAACUCCACGCUCACCUAUUUCGCCUCCGAUCAUGGGGGGUUGCUGGAGGCCACAGGAGAACACCAGCAGCUGGCGGGGUACAAUGGGAUCUAUAGAGGCGGCAAAGGCAUGGGCGGCUGGGAAGGGGGCAUCCGUGUCCCCGGGAUCUUCCGGUGGCCCGGGGUGCUGCCCGCCGGCCGUGUGAUCCAGGAGCCCACCAGCCUGAUGGACGUGUUCCCCACCGUGGUCCAGCUGGGGGGCGGCCAGGUGCCCCAGGACAGGGUGAUUGACGGCCGCAGCCUGGUUCCGCUGCUGCGAGGAGAUGUGGAGCACUCUGAGCACGAGUUCCUCUUCCACUACUGCGGGCAGUUCCUGCACGCGGCCCGCUGGCACCACAGGGAGAGUGGGAGGCUCUGGAAGGUCCACUACAUGACACCGAGGUUCCAGCCCGCGGGCUCCGGCGCCUGCGGGGACCAGCAUCUGUGCCCCUGCUCGGGGGACGGCGUCACCCAGCACAGCCCGCCCCUGCUCUUCGACCUCUCCAGCGACCCUUCCGAGUCCCGGCCACUGUCCCCCGACUCGGAGCCGCUGUUCCACACCGUGGUCCAGCGCGUGGGCGAGGCCGUGGCCCGGCACCGGGGGACCCUGCGCCCUGUCCCGCAGCAGCUGACCCUGGGCAACGUCCUGUGGAAGCCGUGGCUGCAGCCCUGCUGCGGCACCUUCCCCUUCUGCUCCUGCAGAAGCGACGACGGGGACAGCUCCUCCCAAGAGCCAGCGCCAUGAGAAGGUGUCCCAGGGCGACCAGGGGACAGCGUCUCCAAGGAGACCCCUCCCUCAGUUCCCUCCUUGAGGACCCUGUGGCAGCCGGGAGUGGGUCACUGAGCCAUCUUGCUCUGAGAGGAUUCCAGGGACCACCCCUCUCCUGACCCUGGGGUCUCACAGGGGCUGACCUCCUGUCCCCUCAGCUGCCAGUCACCACAGAGCCACCCUGAGUACACCCAGCCUGAGCACAGGCCAGGCAAAAGGGUCUGCACCCAGUCCACUUUGGUUGGCCACGUGAAGAUCCUGUUCUGUGCUUAGGAAUCAGUGAUUGCUGAGGAUUGACCCUCAUGGCCACCUCUUGGGGUCACUGUCUUGGUACCCUUGCUGUGUGACUUAGAAAUUGCCUCCAGGCUAUCCACAAAAGUCCCAGAGAAUAAGAAAACUUUCAACAAGUUUGCAGGAUAUCGCCUUCCAGGAAAUGGGAGGCCCAACUUCCUGCUGUACUGCCCUAACUAUGGGAGAGUGGGCCUCAUGGUGUCAGGAGGGUUGCUGCAGCUCUGGCCCUCCCAUACCCAAUCCAAGCAAUAGGAUAGAGCCAGAACUAAGAGGCCUCCUCUCCUCCGGGUCUGUCCCUGUGAAGGAUAAUUAUCACAGAACCCACAACUUUUGGCCUUCAGCUCUCUGUAGAGAGAACCGGAAAUUGAGAAAUACCUGGCUCUCAUGAAGCGAGAGUAAGUCUCUGUGGCAUAGAAAUGAGAACAGCUUCCUUGAGUGGGCCGAGGUUUUUGAUGUAUCACUAAAACUGCCAGAAGAAACACCCUUUAUCUCAUCCUGCUGGGAAGCACACACAAAUACCAGUACGUGCUAUUAGCAAGUGAUCAUGCAUUCCUAUUCUGUCUCUAGCCUCCAACUUGAAGGUGGACCCAACCAAGGAGCCACUGUGAUACCCAGCCCUGGAAGCUUCUGUCCUCCAGAGAUCAGGGGGGCAGAGUGUCUCCCUGGGCGAGGGUCCCAGACAAGGGCUGAGGGUUCUGCUAACCAGGCAGCUGACCCUCCCUGCCCUGCCUCUUAAAGUCCUUGGAGGGAAAUGAAUUAUAGGUAGAGGUUUUUGUUGUGGUUUAGAUCCAGAAUGUUCUUCAAAGGCUCUUGUGUUGGAAGUGUGGUCGCCAGGGCAAGAGUGCAGAGGUAGGCUUUGAGGAGGUGGUUGGAUCUCGAGAGCUCUGAGCUCAUCAGUGGGUUAGUCCAUUGAGGGCUGAACAGGCGACUGGGAGGUGGUAGGACAUGGAGCCUACUUGGAGGAAAUGCUUCCUUGGGGGUGUGGCCUUGGGGACUAUAUCCUGUCCCUGGCUUUUCUUCCCCCCUCUCUCCUUCCUGCUGCCCUGUCCUAAGCUGAGUUCCUCCUCCACACCCUUCCGCCAUGAUGGUCUGCCUUACUUCACACCCAGAGCCCUGAGCCAGCCAACUACGGACAGAGAUCUGUGAAACUGUGAACCAAAGUAAAUCUAAGUUGCUUGGCUCAGGUAUUUUGUCACAGCAACAAAGAACUGAAGAACGCAUUAUUCUUGUGCCUGACCCCUUCUCUCUCCAACCCCUGGCUUCCUGGCUGCCCUGUCCUGAGCUGCUCUCCUCUUCCAGGCCGUUCCGCCAUUUUGUUCUGUUCCCUUUGGGCCAGGGCCAUGCAGUCGGCCAACCAUGGACCAAAACUCGGACACCAGGAGCCAAAAUAAACCUUUCUUCCUCUCAA